AUGGCGCCCCUCAGGGAGAGCAGUGAUGACCCUAUGCUGCUGGACCCGCCCCAGGGGCCCCUGCACGUGGCCCGCACCCGCGCUUCGUUCCCCUGGAAGGAGCUGGUGCUGUUCUGGGAGGGCGAGGACAUACUGCGCUACAAGAAAACCAUCUUCUCAGCUCUGGAGAACGACCCCCUCUUCGCCCAUCACCAUGGCAGCCAGCUCUCUGUGGAGAAGUACCAGGAGCUGAACUUCCUGCGCUGUAAGAGGAUCUUCGAGUACGACUUCCUCCCCAUGGGGGACAUGCUGGGCAGCCUGCCGAAGGUCCUGGCGCUGAUCGAAUGCCUGAGCAUGUACGACUGUUGCCUGGCCUCCAAGUUCUUCCUGAACGUGCUGACUUUUGGAUUCGCGAUUUACAGCUCCGGUUCCGAACAACACUUCAGAUACCUUCCGAAGGUCUUCAGUAUGGAGAUUUUUGGAUGUUUUGCUCUGACGGAAGUGAGUCAUGGGAGUAACAUCAAGGGCAUGCGGACAACCGCUCACUACGACCCCGCCACCCAGGAAUUCAUCAUCCAUUCCCCCGAUUUCGAAGCCGCCAAGUUCUGGGUUGGCAACAUGGGCAAGACUGCUACCCAUGCAGUGGUGUUUGCUCAGCUGUACACGCCAGGGGGCCGGUGCCACGGGCUGCACCCCUUUCUUGUGCAGAUUCGGGACCCGAAGACCCUUCUUCCCAUGCCAGGAGUGAUGGUUGGCGACAUUGGGAAGAAGCUGGGGCAGAACGGCCUGGACAACGGGUUCGCCAUGUUCCACAAGGUCAGGAUUCCGCGCCGGAACCUGCUGAACCGCUCGGGAGAUGUCACCCCUGAGGGCGCCUACAUCACCCACGUCAAGGAUGUGGGGCAGCGCUUCAGCAAGUCCCUGGGCAGCCUGUCGUUCGGCCGGGUCGCCAUCAUGGGCAUGUCCAUCGUGAACCUGAAGCUGGCCGUGUCCAUCACUCUGCGCUUCUCGGCCACCAGGCAUCAGUUUGGGCCGACCGAUGGGGAGGAAGUCCCGGUGCUGGAGUACCCGAUGCAGCAAUGGCGCUUACUGCCGUACCUGGCCGCCGCCUACGCCUUGGACCACUUUUCCAAAUCGCUCUUCCUGGAUCUGGGGGAGCUUCAGCAAGGCCUCCUGAGGAAAGACCGGAGCGUCAGGCAGGCAGAGCUGCGAAGUGAGAUCCACGCCUUGUCGUCGGCCGGCAAGCCCCUGGCCUCGUGGACGGCCCAGCGGGGGAUCCAGGAGUGCCGUGAGGCGUGCGGAGGACACGGCUACCUGGCCAUGAACCGUCUGGGCAGCCUCAGAGACGACAAUGACCCCAACUGCACGUACGAAGGUGACAACAACGUCCUGCUGCAGCAGACCAGCAACUACCUGCUUGGCCUGCUGGCUCACCGGGAGCAAGGCGGUGCCUGCAUCCAGAGCCCCCUGAAGACCGUGGACUUUCUGGACGCCUAUCCAGACAUCCUCAGCAGGAGGUUCGAGGGCUCCAGCCCCGAGGAUUUCCUGGACUCCUCAGUCCCGCUGGCGGCAUACGAGUGGCUGGUCUGCUACCUGCUCAGGGAGAGCUACCAGAGGCUCAAUCAAGAGAAACGCUCAGGAAAAAGCGACUUCGAAGCCAGAAACAACUGCCAGGUGUACCACUGCCGGCCCUUGGCCCUGGCGUUCCUGGAGCUCACGGUCGUGCGCAGGUUCCACGAGCACGCGCACCAGCCCGGCGUGCCGCCCCCGCUGCGGGCCGUGCUCCGGCGGCUCAGCGCCCUCUACGCCGUGUGGUCCCUGGGCCAGCACACCGCCCUGCUCUACCGAGGUGGGUACUUGUCUGGUGAACGUGCGGGCAAAGCGAUGGAGAGCGCAGUCCUGGCCCUGUGUGCGCAGCUGAAAGAUGAUGCUGUUGCCCUGGUGGACGUCAUCGCCCCUCCAGACUUCAUCCUGGGCUCACCGAUUGGCAGAGCUGAUGGCGAGCUCUAUAAAAACCUCUGGACUGCCGUCCUUCAGGGAAGCAAGGUGCUGGAGAGGGCAUCAUGGUGGUCAGAAUUCGUGGUCAACAAGCCCGUCAUAGGAAGUUUGAAAUCAAAGCUGUAG